AUGAAAAGAACAAGUUGGAAGAUGAUCCUCUCGACAUGGUCUUUGCCUUCAUCACGACAUGUCACGAUCCAAAAACACCUCACCACACCCACCAUCACGACCAUCACAGCAGCUUUAACACAACGAUUGAACUUUCAUGGAUGGUCUUGUUCCGAAACCUCCCAUUCAUCUUCUUCAACAACAACAACAACAACAGCAAAUGGUGGUGGCGUUGCUUCAACAACAAUCAAAGACGUGGAACCGCCCGUCAAUGUGGAAAAAGGAAUUCAUGAUCGACAAGUGUCAUUUGCAAAAUCCAUUCAUAAACCAAAUGAAAAAAAGAAUUUAGUAAUAUUAGGAAGUGGAUGGGGAGGUUUUCGAUUGUUGAAAGAAAUUGAUAUGGACAAGUAUAAUGUUUAUUUAAGCACACCUCGUAAUCAUUUCCUAUUCACUCCUUUGCUUCCAGGAGCAGCGUGUGGUACUGUCGAAUUGAGAUCUAUCAUUGAACCAGUACGACGAGCAGUUUACCAUGAAGAUUAUCAUUAUUUUGAAGGAAAGGCCAUUGCCAUUGACACGGAAAAUCAACGUGUCAUUUGCAAACCUAAUUAUGAACAAGAUCCAAACUUUUGCCUUAAUUAUGACGAACUUGUCAUUGCCAUUGGAUGUGAUGUGAAUGAUUUUGGGGUACCAGGUGUGAAAGAACAUGCUUUUCCUAUUAAGGAAAUUUACCAUGCUCGAACCAUCCGCAAUCAGAUCAUUCAAUGUUUCGAAAGAGCUGCCAAUCCGUCAACUCCUGUUCAUCUCAGAGAGACAUUACUACACUUUGUCGUGGUUGGAGCAGGACCCACAGGCAUUGAAUAUGCUGCAGAAUUACACGAUCUCAUUCGAGAUUUAUCCAAACAUUUUCCUCCAGAUAUUGUCGAAGAAGUUCGAUUAACUGUGAUUGAAGCUGGAAGUACUGUGUUGAGUGCCUUUGAUACUUCACUCCAAAAGUACACACAAAAAUUCUUCCGUCGCAAUCACAUUAAAAUUCGAACGAAUCAACGAGUGAAACAAAUCUUAUCUCCAAAUGCUGUAGAAUUGCAUGAUGGAUCGAUUAUUGAGUGUGGAAUUGUCGUUUGGAGUGCUGGUAUUCAACCUCGUUCCAUUCCAGUCACUCAGGGACGUCCACUUCCUAUUGAUCCAAAAUCAAAGAAAAUCCUUGUCACUGAUCAUCUCAAAGUGAAAGGAUUUGAGAAUGUUUAUGCAAUUGGAGAUGUUUCCUUAAUUGAAAACAUGCCAUUGGCAGCUACUGCUCAAGUGGCUCAACAAGAAGGACUCUAUUUAGCACGUUCUUUGAAUGGAACAGUUCCAAAAGACACACCAUUUGUUUAUCAUCAUUUAGGACAAUUGGCAUAUAUUGGAAAUUAUAGAGCAAUUAGUCAAGUUGGAGCUUUGAAGAGAGGAGGAUUUCUCAGUUGGAUGUUUUGGAGAUCUGCCUAUUUGACACGAUUAGUCUCCAUUAAGAACAAAUUUAAUGUAUUGAUGAAUUGGACAAGUACCUUCUUCUUUGGGAGAGAUAUUAGCAGAUUUUAA